UUAUACUCUGUAUAUGCGCAUACGUACAUACAUACAUUCCGUUUGCGACAAUCGCUGCAAUCGCAUUGUAUCAAUCAGUCUGUUUAGUACGGUCAGAGUUUAGAGUGUCAUUCGUGCCAGUGACCGGUGUGUGGAUUUCUGUCGCGGAUGCGCUCGCCUUCUUGUCCUCUCGUUGUACUGGCGCCUUCUUGCCGUCAUCGCCGCGAUACUUGUAAAAUCCGUGCAUCGUUAGAAGCAUCACAAUGUCAGGACACGAGCCAAUGUUCAUAGCUACGGACAGCAUCGAUGGUAUCUGGCCCUUCCUACAGAGUAUUGAUUGGAGAGAUCCAUGGCUUGCUGUGUUAAUUACUUUUCACAUAGUCAUCACAAUGACUGCAUUAAUGACAAGGAAUCAUGCGAAUUUUCAGAUAAUUUUGUUUCUUAUACUAUUACUUUUGGUUUAUUUCUCAGAAAGUAUUAAUGAGGUUGCAGCAACAAAUUGGAUGGUAUUCUCUAGACAGCAAUACUUUGAUUCCAAAGGUUUAUUUAUAUCUGUCGUCUUCUCUGUACCUAUUUUAAUUAAUUGUAUGAUUAUGGUGGCCAGUUGGCUUUAUCAAUCCAGUCAAUUAAUGACAAGCCUAAGACGUGCCCAGUUACGACAGCAGGCAAAAAAUCGUCAGUCAGACGAAGCAGCGAAUGGCAAACUGACUACGCGACCGAAACACGAAUGAAAACAUCACACAUCUAGUCAUAAACGUGGUAGAAUAAGAGAAAGUGCAGGGCACAUGUUUAAUUUAAUUUAAGGACAAAAUGCAGAUUAUAUAUCUACAUCGACUUACAGCUAGAUAGGUCUCACAGAGUGCUGUGUAUAUUUGGCUAUUGUCAAUUCAAUGAUCGCUCCGAUCUCAAUCGCGAAACGUUAAUUAAUCUGAGGAAGAAAAAAAAUAUAAAUAUAUCUGUGCAAUCACAGAAUGAUAACACACAUCGGAGUUGCCUAGUCAAACUUUCUGUUAAAAUGUAUCUCAUUGUGCCGUAUUACAACAAUUUUACGAAAUUAAACCAUCUGAUGCGGGAAACAAAGUUAGAGAGAAAGUCAGCAUAUAAAAAACAAUAACUACAGAUAAGCAUGCAUGAUAAUGCGACAAAACAUGCUGCUAUCUUAACCAACAUUCCGGUAGUUUUUUUUUGUUGUUUUGAUAUUAAAGUACGGAUUGCAUCUUAAUUAAAUCAAAGUGUUCUUAAUGUGUAAUUAAUGUACUUAUUACGUAACAUAUAGUGCAGAUACAUCAUUACACUUUUACCAUAAUAACUCCGCUGUAAAGAGAUAACACAUAAUUAAAGGCCCUAGUAUAUAAAUAAAAUGUAUGUACGUAUGUGUGUGUGAGAGUGUGAAUGAGUAUAUGAAUUCUGCGAAUACAAAUAGCCUUUUGAAUCAUGCUUUUGAAAAACAGACAGGAUGUCCAAAGAGUAUUAUGUAUUGCCUGAAUUGUAUAUUGAUGUAAAUUAAAAUGCAUUAACUUGCCGCUUUUAUAUUUAAUACAUGUUUCACCGUUUUAAGAUAAUAAAAUAUUUCUUUACAUACAAC